AUGCCGCAGGUCGUCCACCGCUCGGAGGAGGAGGACAUUCCACCUCUUUCGCUUGCGGGCGUGUGGCGCUCGGUGGCCGUGCAGCUGGAGGUCUACAAGGAGCGUCCCGCACCCAGCUGCGCUUUCUCUCUGGCACUGCUGACCUGGGCUGCAGCGCUCUACAGGAUCCUGCGGACAGAUUUUCCUCCGCCGGGCCCGGCAGGGCUUUGCAUGGACCCCGCCGCCGUGCGCUUCGCCCAGGGCUUCGAGGCGAAGCGUUGGCUGCUACAUGCCUUGUGGCCACUGGAGCCAGGCUACCUGCGCGGUUUCCUGAGCUCUUCGCUUCUAUUGGUGUUGGGCUACUCCCUGGAGUACGAGCUGGGCAGCGCGCACUUCUGUGGCCUGCUACUGGGACUCCAGAUUGGAGCUGCCUUCUUGUUGCUGCACUUUCGCUUUUCAAUGUGUGUGAUUUCCUUGGAGCCAGCGAUGGCUGGCUUGGCAGUCAUCGCACACCGUGUGAACCCAAAGGUGCACAGCGACGGGCUGGGUGCAGCAUUGAAGCUACCCUUCGAGGUUGAACCUCGAUGGCACAUCUGGGUUCUCUUGGGGCUUCUGCUGAUGCAGGCUGGUGACUUCCCGAAUGCCUUGGUGGUGCAUGCAGCAGGCCUCCUCCUUGGCGCGGUGGUUGUGCUGAGGGAGCCCGAGGUCUGGGGAGAUGCCUGGCACGCACUGGUGGGCCGAUCGUUCACCUGCGGGGCAGUGGCUCACAUUGUGCUCUUCGUCUUCACAAUCGUCUUCAUGCCGCUGACUGUGCCCGAGGCUCCGGCGGACAUGCUCGCACUCUUUCAGGCAGCACUGGCAGAUGGCCGCCUGUUUAAACUGUCCUGGUGGAGGGACUCGAUCCCAUCGUCCCUGCCAUUGCUACAUAUGGCCAUCUCUGGCCAGCUGGGCGGAGAGGCGUUGUAUAUUUGCCGAUUCCUGCUGAGCAUUGCGCUGCCCCUGCUUCUCUCUUCGAUGCGCUUAUGGACCCGCCUCUACUCGGUGUUCUUUGUCAUUCUGCUUAUGUAUACAAUGAACUCUCCAACCUGGAGGUAUCCACACUGUGGUUUCUUCUCGCUCUUCUACCUG